ACACGAAUCACUCAACCUGAGAUGGUGAAACGAAAUUUAAUGUGACCUGAAGAAUGAAAUGGCACCUUUUCCAUUCAUAAAACUAGGAUAUCUUGCGAUUAGGCAAAUUAGUAAACCUAUUGCAAAUGCUAUUAAAAGAAGGGCCAAAACUCAUCCAUUUUUCAGAAAAUAUAUUUGCAUGCCACCCGCUCAGUUUUAUCACUGGUGUGAGGUAAACAUACAACUUCGACUCAUGGGAUUAGGGAAACCUAAGAAUUUUCAAAGAAUAACAGACAAAGAUGCUAUUGAGCUUGGUGGUGAGAUGCUUGGUGAAUUCAUUGUAUUUGGAAUGGCUUGUCUUGUUGUUGUAGCAGAAUAUACAAGGGGUGCUAGGAAAGAAGCAGCCAAAGAGGAAAGUCUCAGACAAGAAAAAGAAACUAUCAAUUUAAAACUGGAACAAUUGUUUAGUAUAACAGAGGUUCAAGAAAAUCAGAUCAGAGAACUGCAGAGAUGUGUAGAUAAUUUGACUUUAGAGAAAGAGAAGACUUCUGAAAAAUCUAAUAGUACUAAUAGUAGUUUAAAGAAAAGACCUCUAGGAUAACAAAAUAGACAUUAAUGUAAAAUGUGAAAACUAGGAUUUGUAUGAAUGUACUUUCUGAUUUCUAAUGGCCAUCUUAAUUGUUUAUACACACUUCCCAUAUAUGUACAAUCUCAGUAUAUUAUUGUUUAGAUUUCAGCCUGUAAUAGAGAUCGUUUUGUUGAACUGUGGUAUUUAUAUUGAAAUAAUACAAUUCAAUACACAUUAUUGAAAUAAUAGAACUCCACAUGCAGUAUUGUUUUAUUACAAUUGUUUCUUGCAAUGAUAUUUUCAGAGCAAAGUACAUAAUGUUAGCUAGCAUUUCAUAAAAAAUGUAAUAUUAAUAUCUACCUACAAAAAUAAAUUGUAUACAGAGAAAUUAUUGUCAGAACAAAAAAAGAAAAAUAACUCCACAGUCCCGCGUAGGCAUAUUUAAUAAAGGAA